AUGGCGGAAGAAACCGCCCCAAACAUCGAAGUCUCUAACCUCUCCUAUACAUUCGCAGACCGCUCCGAAGGUCUCCAUAACAUUACCCUCUCCCUUCCACCUCGCUCUCGAACCCUCCUCAUCGGCGCAAACGGUGCAGGCAAAACGACGCUCCUCCGUCUCCUCUCAGGAAAACGUCUCGCGCCCUCUGGCACCAUCUCUAUCUCCGGCCUCGACCCGUUCAAAGACGGCCUCGAAGGUGUAACAUAUCUCGGUCUAGAAUGGGUCCUUAAUCCCAUCGUUCGAACCGACAUCGGUGUACGCGAACUCCUCAAGAGCGUCGGUGGAGACUUCUACGCUGAUCGCAAAGACGAAUUGGUUCGUGUGCUGGACAUCGAUUCAGAUUGGAGGAUGCAUGCUGUUUCCGACGGAGAGAGACGGAGAGUCCAGUUGGCCAUGGGACUUAUCAGGCCGUGGAGGAUCUUGUUGUUGGAUGAGAUUACGGUUGAUUUGGAUCUUUUGAGCCGGAGUAAUUUUCUGGGGUUCUUGAAGAAGGAGACGGAGGUUAGACAGUGUACGAUUGUUUACGCGACUCAUAUUUUGGAUAAUUUGGCGGAUUGGCCGACUCAUUUGGUGCAUAUGGGUAUGGGGAAGGUUAAGCAGUGGGGCAAGGCCGAGGAUUUACAGUUGAAGGACGAUGAGACGACGAGUAAUGGGAAUAGUCGUUUGGGAAUGUUGGUCCUUGGUUGGUUGAAGGAGGAUCUUGAGGAAAGAGGUCCUCGAAACAAUAUGGUUGGUAGCGAGGGGAAGGCUUACUUCAGUACCGGAGUGGGAGGCUAUGGUGCGGAGAAGAAACCAACGUAA